UACCAAACGUCGUCACACACUUUGUUUCCUCCUUGUUGGCUGUAAUUUGACUGCGCGUCUGCUCGUGGGUUUACGGUAGACGCCUCAGCUACACGGAAGAAAAGGUUCCAGCUAGCUAGAAACACAGGGAUGUAAAAAAAAUGUUGUAGUGCGUCGGUUGUUUUCGCAAUUUCUGUAACGAAAUCACUCAGUGGAAGGACAUUUUUAUUCUAUUUUUUUUCUCCUCCUCGAACACUUACUUUUGCAUGAAUUAACAUGGCGACGUGCAUUCCCUUUCAAAGCCAGCUAUCCUCAAUAAUGGAGGUUUUGGUUAAAGCAGCAGUGACAGAGAUAUCCAAACUAGUCGAUGACAAAUGUGCGUUUCUGCACCUCGAAAUAUCCCGAAAGCAAAGCGAGAAUGAAAUGCUGAAGAGGAAAUUACUGAUGAUGGAGAACAAAAAUGCACAGCUGCAGCGAGGCUUUGAAAACUACAUGGACCGAGGACCUGAUGUGGGGAGUAACUGUCCGCAUCCCACAGGAGAAAUGAAGUUUCCGGAGAUUGAAGAUGCAACUGUUUCAUUCACAAUUAAAGAAGAAAGUCCAGAUGAGACGCUGUGGAUCAGUGAUUCUGCUGGACCAAUUGGUUCUGCUGUACAAUAUCCCAAUCCAGUUAACGCCCCGGAGAGCCAGCAGCUUGAAGAGAGCCGUCAGCUGAACCAUUCAGAGGUCGCAAGGCAAAAAGCCUCAGAGUUCGGUGACUUGUACAACUCUGGUCAGCUUGCAGGUGACAUCAGUGGCCUUCAGUUCACUGUCAAGACAGAGAAGGAGGAGAACCGAUCUGGAUUCAGUCAGGGAGGAUGCCAGCACGGUGCAGGGAAGCAGACUCAACUCGCUGCUGACUUUUCUAUGGAUGAACGAGAGAAUCAACUGUGGUCAUCCAUAAUUGAAGGUAAUGACAUUGAUGCUGGUUUUCCUGACUUUUCCAGCGUGGUAGAGGAGUAUUCCAACACAUUCCCGGAUCAUUCUGAUGCUCACGUGGUUUCCAACACUUCCAAGUCGGCUGGUGUCCAGCAGGUGUCCUCUCAGAGGCCGUGUAAUGGGAUCUACAACAGUGAGUAUCAAAAGGAUGCUCCACAGUCGUCCAAUUUUCAACCCAGACCUCAGGGCACCCAGUCAGAGCAAGACAGGCAGAAGGAACAAAUGUACGCGCAGAGAAACCCCUCGCAUCAUCUGAGGCAGCCAGAUGAACACCCUGAGAGGGAGACUGCAGCCGGAGAUAGACCGGCCGUAACUCCCUCGCACAACACUUUAACACCGAGCAGCUUUCCCUCUCACACCCACCACAAACCUCUCUCCGGCAUGGCGCGGGGCUACGUUUGCUCGCAGUGCGGGAAGACAUUCGGCCGUCUGCACCAGUUCAAGCUGCACCAGCAAAGCCACAAGAGAAAGCGGGCGUUCUGGUGCACGGUGUGCGGGAAGAACUUCCAGUGUUCGUCCCACCUCAGCAUACACCACCGGACACACACAGGCGAGAAGCCGUACGGUUGCGGGCAGUGCGGGAAGAGGUUCACGCAGCAGAGCAGUCUGAGGGUCCACCAGCGCACACACAGCGGGGAGCGGCCCUACAGCUGCUCGCUGUGCGGAAAAACCUUCAUCCUGAUGCACCACUUGAAGCGGCACAGAAUCAUUCACACAUACAGCUGAGGUGGAGAUGUUUGAAGGGAUGUUGCUCAGGUGAAAAGACACAAAUGACCCCCAAAACCAAAUCAAAAAGCCAGUGAGCGGCAGCUUUUUUGUUUGGGAUUUGUAACCUUGUGGCAUUGCUCACAGACUUUGUAUAUUAAUGCAUAUUUUACUAUGCAAAACCCAUCCAAUUUGAAGAUGUUUGCUUCUUUUUAUUUUACAUACUUGUCUUGUAAUUAUGAAAACCUGAAACUGAAUUGCAACAGAAUUCACACAAGACAUCUCCAAAGCUAGAAAUCCAAAAAACAAAACAAAAAAACAAGGUCUAAAAUGUGGAGUCAUUACAAAAAGAUCCUGCAGAUUUCCUCUUAAAGUUACCUGUAUACUGAUCUUCACUCAUAGACACAGUUUAUUUCAGCUUCUCAUUUAGAAAUUUGCCUUACUUCAUCUCAGCACUGAAACUGUAGAAGCACAAGAUGCUCUUUACCCCCAUAAACUCUCCCCUUCACAGUCAAAAGAGGGCUUUCCAUUCAGAGCCAGUGAAGCACCUCUCAGGUUUAUGUUUUGAUGUCAACAUUAGUAAAAACCCGCCUGACUAUUGUUCCGAGUUGAUUUUUUUCUCAUAAAAUGUAUGCCCAAAAACCCAUUGCCCUUUGUUAUGAUUUAUAUUAAAGGAUCGUUCAAUCAGCAGCUGGUCUGAAUA